ACACAGAUACGGACAUUGAUCCUCAUGUACCAUUCAGUCGACUAUCUCUGAUAACACCCUCUGCAAGAAUACAAUAUCAAUUCCAGACUUUUUCCCCCUGACUUGGAUGACAUUUCUUUGGUGUAUUUUGGGGGAUAUUUUUCCCCUGUCGACCGUCAAGAGGUCACCUGGAUUGGGAAGAUAACGAUGAUUCUCUUGUCUGCAGUGAUAAGAGGAAAGAAGAGUUGGUAUUGAUGAUUUUGGAGUGGAAUUUAGGAAGGUGAUUUGUGAAGAGAAGAACUGGGAGGAGGAGCAGGCGAUCAAAGGAAGAGGAGGAGAGGAAGAGUAUGGGCUGCUCUUCUGUGUGGAUAUUUCUACUGUCCCUCUCUCUCUCCCAUCAAAGUGUCACAGCACAAGCUGAAGCAUGCAGGACAGUGGUGCAGGCAGACAUUGUCUUUCUGGUGGAUGAGUCAUGGAGUGUGGGCCAGACCAGCUUCUCCAGUGUCAAAGAAUUCAUCUCAGCCGUCAUCUCCACCUUCCAGGACAGUGUGGUGGGAACUGAGGGGGUCCGCUUUGGAGUCACUGUCUUUGGGGAUGUCCCAAGAAUGCGGAUUGCUUUGACAGACUACAGCUCACUGGAGGAGGUCCUCAGGGCCAUCAGAGACCUCCCCUAUCAGGGUGGAUCCAGGAGGAUUGGUGAUGCCCUCCAGUUUCUGGUUGACCCUGUGUUCAGCCCGGUCAUCAGUCGAGACACUGCCCCAAAGAUUGCUGUAAUGAUCACAAACGGACGUUCAGACGACCAGGUCGAUGCCGCAGCCAAAGCAGUGGCUGACAAUGGGAUUUCUCUCUUUGCAGUAGGUGUUAGGGGAGCUGAUGAGUUGGAGCUGAGGAGGAUUGUGUCAGAGCCAAUUGAGGAGCACCUCUUGCUGGGCACUGACUACUCUCGUCUUGAAACCAUCCUCGCCAAACUGUCCCGCAGAGUGUGUUUUACAGCCUCUGAACCACCACGUCCUGUGAAAAUCUCCCAGCCUGUUGAAGAGCGUGUGGUGGGUCCCAGAGACCUGCAAGUUAGCGAGUUGGCCCACAGUUCCCUCAGACUGACAUGGAGCCAGGCCACAGGUGAUGUCACCGGAUAUCGUCUCCUGGUCACCCCUUUCAACUCUAAGGGACACCUCCUCCCGCUACAGCAGAGACAGACUGAUCUGAAGGCAGAUGUGAGCACAGCAAUGGUGACGGAGCUGAGUCCUAAAACAGACUAUUCUCUCACUGUGUACGCCAUCUACCCUAGCCUCAUAGGAGACUCUGCUACAAUCACCGUCCAGACAACCCCUUUGCCUCAGGUGUCAAACUUCCGUGUUAUUGAGCAGGGUCUUUUCUCUCUGCGCCUCGGCUGGACGCCUCCUCCGGGAAAGCUCAAUGGAUUCAAGAUCUUCAUCCCAAGAUCCACCCGACCAGGAUUUAUUUAUGAGCACCUGCUUCCUGGAGACACCUCUUCUCAUGUGAUUGACAGCCUGGAGGAGGAUAAGAAGUACAUUAUCAGUAUUUAUGCUGUUUACCCCCAGGGACCAAGUGAACCACUCUCAAUAGUGGGCAAGACAUUAAAGCUGGUACAAGUUCAGGAGUUUCGGGUCCAAAACGCCACCACAGACACUGUCCAGGCGAGGUGGGCAUCAGUUAGGGGUGCCACAGGAUACCGUCUGACAUGGGCAUCCCCAGACGACCACAUAGAGAACAUAAACCUCGGGGACACCUUUAACUAUUACAUGAUCCAAGGCCUCCGCUCAGGCUCUGAGUACACCAUCACCAUCAACCCCAUCUUUGGAGACACUGAGGGGCCCAUCACCGCCACCAAAGUCAAAACAUUGGAAAGCAGUGCAGUACAAACUUUGAAGGUGUCGGCUGUGAGCACCAGCACUGCUGUCAUCUCAUGGAACAGUGUCCCAGGAGCCACAGGAUACAGACUGGCCUGGGGACCCACCCCAGAGUUUAUUGGCCGGGACCGUCCCAGGCAGUUGGCUCUGAACGGCAGCACCACAGAGUACCAGCUGAAGAAUGUAGCCCAUGAUACAGAGUAUGUCCUGACUCUCUAUGUGCUGUUUGGAUCUGUGGUGGGACCUGGUAUCUCUGCUACCUUCAAAACUUCUCCGUUGGGCUAUGUGUCCAACUUCAAAGUGACAUCCUACACCAGUACCUCCAUAGAUGUGGAGUGGAGUCCCAUUGUUGGCGCUACCGAGUACAAACUCUCUUGGAAGUCAGAUGAUAGCAGCCCUCUGUCCCGUUACCUAGACCAUAGUGUUCUUUUCCAUCGUAUCGAAGACCUGAACCCACAGUCCACCUACACAAUCACCAUCUGUGCAGUGUACAGCAACUCAGAGGGACCAGAAAUCUCCUUAUCUCAGCUCACAGCUGCAGUUUCAGACUCGGAGCCUAUUCAGGCAGUGAGGGAGGUGAAGGUUGUGGAUAUUGGAGUAAACUCUUUCACCCUUUCCUGGAGGAAAACACAAGGAGCAUCUGGGUACAAAAUCUCCUGGAUUCCGUUCUUGGGGGGUGAUGAAAAGUCGCACAAGGUAUCUGCUGCUUCAACCACCUUCACUAUCCACAACCUGCGGGAGAGCUCAGCUUAUAAGAUCCAGGUGUCUUCUAUGGUGGGCAAUAGAGAGGGAAGCCCAGUCCUGGUCACUGCUCGCACCUUGGAUCUUCCAAAAGUGAAUGGCUUUGCUGCUCUGAACACUACAGACAGCAGCACUAUUCUGAACUGGACACGUGUGGCUGGCGUCUCUGGAUACCUUCUCUCCUGGAGGCACAUCUCAGUGUUGGAGAUCAAAACAGAGACCCUGGGCCCUGGUUUUACCUCCUACAAGAUCAACGAUUUGCAGUAUGGAAGAACUUAUAUUUUUACCAUCAGACCUUUGUAUGGAGAAGUGGAGGGGCCUAUAAGCACUGUGUAUCAGAGAAUAUUGGGACAUGAUCCUCCGGUGGUUACAGUCCAGUCUGUGCUUGCCACACUUGCCCCCCAUUCUCCUCAUAUCACGACUGCCUCCAUCACCAAUACGACCAUCUCUCAUGGAGCCACCAGGACCACCCGGCACCCCAUUGCUGUGCCACCGACUAAAUCCAUAACCACCAAGAAGCCUCCAGGUCAGCCAAGUGUCACUGAAGCCAAAGAGGCAGGAGUCACCUCCCUUCGAUUAACCCCAUUCACUGCAAAGACAGCAGCUCCACCAAGACCAGUGUGUGGUAAGGCCAAAGCAGACAUAGUAUUCUUAGUGGACGAGUCUUCCAGCAUCGGCGCUAACAACUUUAUCAAGAUAAAGGACUUCAUGUUCCGGGUGGCCACAUACUUCCCAGUCAUUGGUUCUCAGGCCACACAGAUAGCAGUGGUUCAUUACAGUGAUGAGCCUCGAAUUGAAUUCCGUCUAAAUGAAUUCAAAGACAGAAACUCUGUGCUCAGAGCCCUCAAAGCACUACGUUACAGAGGAGGCAACACCAGAACAGGAAAAGGCAUCAGCUACGUUCUGCAGGAACUGUUCCUAGAGUCUCUGGGGAUGAGGCAGAAUGUGGCUCAUGUUCUGGUUCUUAUUACAGACGGCAGGGCCCAGGAUAAUGUGGUGCCACCCUCCAGAAUUGCACGUGCUUUGGGCGUCAGUGUCCUGGCAGUUGGAGUUUCUAAUGCAGACAUUGAGGAGCUGAAUAAAAUAGCAGCACCCACUAGCUACAAAAAUAUCUUCUACUCACCCACCUUUGAUGACUUCUCUUCCAUUGAGAGAGAAUUUAUCAAUAGCAUCUGCAGUGAGGAACUGCUGUCGGAGUUUGAACUAUAUGAAAAGAUUGCUCAGUUGGACACCCCGACUGAAGACCCAGAAGGGCUGCUAAAGCCUCAGGGUCCCUGCCCCUCUGAGUGUGUGAAGGGCCAGAAAGGGGAACCGGGAGAUGGUUUUGGUCUUGGAGGACUGAGAUUUAGGCCAAGCCCUGGAAACUAUGAUCCUUUUACUUCUUCCAAAGGAGAGAAGGGAGAAAGGGGACCUCCUGGAACAGAUGGUGUACCUGGGUUGCCAGGACGACCAGGGAGAACUGGACCCCCAGGUUCUGCCGGCCAACGGGGCCAUACAGGUAUUCCAGGUGAUAUGGGUCUACCUGGACUCCCUGGUCCAAAGGGCCAGAGAGGAGAGAGAGGAGAGCCUGGAUAUGUUAUAGCUGGCACAGACUCAAAUUUCGUUCCUGGACGAAAAGGGGAACCAGGAUCUUCAGGUCCCCAGGGACCUCCUGGUAUACCGGGGGUCAAUGGCGCUCCAGGCCUACCUGGCCAGUCAGGACCACCAGGGUCACCAGGAAUAUCUGUCAAGGGUGACCCCGGGGAGCCGGGAGCAAAAGGUUUACGUGGGAAGCAGGGUGUGAAAGGAGACAAAGGAGAGUCGGGAAAAGAUGGUAUUGCAGGUUUGCCUGGUCCCAUUGGCAAUGAUGGAGUGCCAGGUUUACCAGGUCAGAAAGGAGAGAAGGGUGAAGAAGGAAUUGGCAUACAAGGUAUUCAAGGUCUUCGUGGAGAACCAGGAGAGAAGGGAAAUAUUGGCUUAAUUGGACCAGUUGGGCCAAAGGGUGAUCUUGGAGAGCAGGGCAUCCAAGGAAUCAUCGGACCUCGGGGUAAGAAGGGAUUCAAAGGGGAGCAAGGGGACAAGGGAGAACGAGGAGAGAUGGGACCAAUUGGACCACAAGGACCCACAGGACUGACGGGGCCAUUGGGGUUAAAAGGUGAUGAGGGUCCAAGAGGAGCGCCUGGGGAUCCUGCCAAGGGUAUAAUUGGCCCAACAGGAAAAAAGGGUGCCAGGGGAGACAUUGGUCCAGUCGGCCUCACAGGUCCCCAGGGAAUAAAGGGUGAACGAGGAGACAAAGGAGACAAGGGCAGUCCUGGUUUUGGGAUUCCAGGACAGCAGGGACCAAAGGGUGAAAAUGGCGAGAGGGGAAAUGUUGGUUUGUCAGGAAAACCCGGACCAAAAGGGCAUGAUGGCUCUAAAGGUGAAAAAGGGAGUAUUGGGUUACCCGGCAAUCCUGGAGAACCAGGAUUAAGAGGUAAAGAUGGUUCUCCUGGAGUGAAAGGAGACCUAGGAAUUAAGGGGGAACAAGGACCACAUGGAGACCCUGGUGACAGAGGAAUUAGGGGUCCAUUGGGGUUACCAGGGCGACCAGGGGAUCCAGGAGAGAAAGGAGAGACUGGCAGUCCUGGCCUGCUUGGUACUGAUGGAAAGAAGGGCGACAAAGGGGAGCCGGGAAAACCUGGACCUCCGGGAGGACAAAUUAUUGCAGACAAUAACAUACUGACCAGAGUUAUUAAGGGUGAACCAGGAGAGCCAGGUCAGCCUGGUUUGAGAGGAGAAACAGGUCUGCCUGGACUAAGGGGUCCAGAGGGGAAACCUGGAUUACCGGGACCAUCUCUGGGUGGUUCUGAAAGAGAUGGACUUGAUGGUUUACCAGGGAAACCGGGAAUGAAGGGUGACCAGGGACAAAAAGGAGAACCCGGCAUGAAGGGCGAUAAAGGAGACCAAGGCCGGGUUGGGAUUGCUGGAAUGCCUGGUUUACCGGGAACUCCAGGGAGACCUGGCAUUGAUGGGAAGAGGGGCCUGCCAGCAAAAGAUGGAGAAAGAGGGCCAAAAGGGGACGAUGGCAAAAAGGGAGACAAGGGAGAUGCCGGCGCAAAUGGUAAAGAUGGAAGAAAGGGGGAAGCAGGACCUCCAGGUUUGCCUGGUAGGCAGGUGCUUGUCACUCCAGAGGGUGCCACUAUUGACGAACUCCGCCAAGCGUUUCCGAUCCCAAUGGGUCCUCCAGGAGCUACUGGUUCACCAGGAAUGAAGGGUGAUAAAGGAGAAAAUGGCCUGAAAGGAGACAAGGGUGAUGCUGGAGCUCCUGGGAAAUCAAUUGAGAUGAAGGACAUUGAAGUGAUGUUUGAAGCCUACGGUAUAAGGCUGCCUUUGCUGAAGGCUUUGAUUGACAGGCUACUGCAGGACGGAAUAGAGGAGCUGCUUCAUGUGCUCGGCACCUCCAAGAAAACAAAAGAAAACACACACACCUCCAACAUCAUCACUGAGUACACAAGUUCAGUGAAGUUUGAACUCACUGACCAGCCACUGUCAGAGCUGGAUACCAUUGAGGACCGUGAAUUAGAACAACACGUUACAGAGUCUUUGUCAUUUGACCCUUUAAAUGAAACCGCAGAGGGUCCCACUUUAUGGACUGUCACCACACUGAGCAGAGAGCGGGAGCUUGACAGGAUUGAGACAAAGUUAAAGGGAUCCACAGGGAAGGAGGUAGUUGGUGGGGACAGUGACGGAGCCUCUUCUCUCAAAAUAAAUCUGACUGUCAGUUCUGCUUUCAAUUAUACAACGACCCAGGAGACGGUUUCAGGGUUACCAGAAAAUGUGGUGAAGGCUGUUCUCCUCACUCAGGAAGACUCUCUGAAGAAGAACUCAGGGCAAAAGAAAAACAGGGAACGUGGGAAGGGCAAAGGAAAUAAAGGACGACAUAAGAGGCAGAGACAACGCCUGACAAGUGAAGAGGACAAGCAAGACGAAGAGGAGUUUUAUAACGGCGAAGAAUACAGCUAUGAGUACGAGGAAGAACUCUCCACAGAUGCUUUUCAGGAGAGCAGAGACAACAGACAGCUUGAAGUCCAAACAGAUGAAUUUCCCUAUCCGGUGGAUAAAAAGGAGGAACAAUUACCCACACACAGACCUGCCCAGUUAGAAACCUCCAGUCAUCCUUCAACAUCCUCCUCAGACAGAGAAACAGACACUAUGCUCAAUGACCAGGAUGAAGCAUCACUGCCUACACCUCCCAUCACAACAGAAGACCCAGACAAGGUGCCUAGAUCCCACAUCAGGGUGAAGAAAAGCCCCCCCUGGCCUGAUUUCAUGGUGUUCAUGCCUGGUGCCCCGGGUGGAAGAAAUCGUUUCAUGGAGGCACAAAAACCUCUGUCUUCUGGAGCUCAAGGUUACAACAGCUGGAAUAGCAAGAAGCAAGAAAACCCUGACCUUCAAAUACAUACCAGGAGGCACAGGCAAGAUUGGAAGGAGAGACAGCGACACAGUGAUACAGAAAAAGAGUUUUAUGCAGAAACACAAGGUGGAGGAGAGGUGCAGGGUAAAGCUGAAGAAGCGGAGAAGUUAGGAAUGGAGCAAGAUAAAAGAAUAGAAACAGAUGGAUAUACACAAACAGGCCCUGAUCCAGUCUAUGGGGAGGAGGAGAGGAGUGGAGACUACAACUGGGAGACUGAGGAGGAUGUCGAUCGAGAGAGGGAUGGAGAGGAGGAGGAGCUGGAGAGGGAGAGAGAGAGGGAAAGGUUGGAGAUGGAGAGAGAGAGAGAGGAGCUGGAGAGAGAGAGGGAGGCCGAGCUCGAGCUGGAGAGAGAAAAAAUGGAGAGGGAGGAGUGGGAGAGGAGGAGGGCGGAGCUGGAGAGACGGCGAGAGGGGGGUUAUGACGAGGAAAGUGCACAGCCAUACCCAUACCCUCCAGAGUAUUUUUACCUGAAGGGUCAACAAGGUGAGAGUGGAAAACCAGGACAAAAGGGUGAAAUUGGUGAAAAAGGACAAAAGGGAGAGCCUGGCAUCGGCCACAGAGGUCCAGAAGGCCAAGCUGGUCCUCCAGGACAGAAGGGUGAACCAGGUGAGUCCGGGCCACCAGGUGCUCAGGGCAUCCAGGGUAUCCGUGGUAAUGCAGGCAUCCAGGGCUCCCCAGGCCUGAGGGGUCUCCCAGGGGACCCAGGAGAGCCAGGCAGAGAGGGUGACCGAGGUAAAAGGGGGAAGAAUGGAUCACCUGGAACCCCUGGACCUCGAGGAGCAGCAGGAGCUCUUGGUCUGCCUGGUAUACCUGGAGUAAAAGGAGAAAAGGGUGACAGUAUCCCUGGAGAGCCUGGCACCAGGGGGCUGGCUGGCUUCACAGGCAGAAAGGGUGAAAAUGGCACUCCAGGUGUUAAAGGGGUUCCUGGGCAUAUAGGUCCAAAAGGCUUGCGCGGCAGCAAAGGUGAAAAGGGGGACCGUGGUUUACCUGGAGUCAGAGGAGAAAGGGGGAGUGUGCUUCAAAUCCAAGGACCCCGUGGAUUUAAGGGUUCCAAAGGAGACCCGGGUGAGCGCGGUACACCAGGUUUUGAUGGCGACAAAGGAGAAAAGGGCGAGGACGGUCCUCCUGGAGUCAAGGGCUUAAAGGGAGGUGCAGGCACUAAGGGUGCACUGGGACGAUUUGGCGCUCGAGGACCAGUGGGCCAGAAAGGAGAUCCAGGAGAGCCAGGACUUAAUGGAGAGAUGGGUCACAGUGGGGACCAUGGAGUGGAUGGAGCCAAGGGAGACAAAGGAGAUUUAGGGCUGCAGGGCCAGAAAGGCAAUCAGGGUGAUCCAGGAGAACCCGGCUUACCAGGAGACAGAGGGGAGAAGGGAGAGAAGGGUUUCAGAGGUUUUCCUGGACGCAUUGGGAGUCCAGGCCUGGAUGGAGAAAAGGGAGACAUGGGGUUCUCCGGGACCCCUGGCAUACCUGGACUGAAUGGGCUCACAGGGCGCAAGGGUGAGAAGGGAGAGGGAGGUAUCAAUGGUGUUGAUGGUGAUCCAGGAGUGAAAGGAGGAAAGGGUGAAGCAGGUUUCCCAGGUUUCCCGGGGUUUAAGGGGUCAGCAGGGAUUCCAGGAAAGCAUGGAGAUGAGGGACCACCAGGACUCCCAGGACCCCGCGGGGACACAGGGCCUAAGGGGGAGAGGGGCAGAAGGGGCAGAUUGAAGCCAUGUCAGAGGGGAGCCCCCGGCACUCCAGGACAGAGAGGACAGAGUGGUACAGUGGGUAUUGAAGGCACAAAAGGGGAGAAGGGGGAGCCUGGACUCUCGGCUGAAGAAGUAAAGGAGCUAGUCACCCAGGAGGUGGUAGAAAAGUGUGGGUUGGAAUACAAGUUCAUGGUAAAGUCUGUGGACCCAGAUGGAACAACCUCAGUCACUGAGAAGAAGACUAUGCCAGAUGAUGCAGCGGUGUCCCUCAACAAUGACCUCCACGAAGAAGAAGUUGAAGAAGUGGAAAAGGGAGAAUAUGGAGACAAAGUGGGAGAAAUGACUAGUCCUGCCCCUGAGAUCUUGGAAGAAAAGCGGAUCCUACAAAACCACACUGAUUCUCUGGAGGGCGGGACUGUGGAGUGGGGACACAGGAAAAAAAGAAGUGUACUUGGAAGAAACACUGCUGUUCCAGCAACAGGCAGCUGCCUGGACCCAAUGUCAGAGGGGGCCUGUUCAGAAUAUGUUCUGCUCUGGUACUUCCACCCUAACUCAGGGGAAUGUAGGCCAUUUGUGUACGGGGGCUGUGGUGGCAACAGAAACCGAUUCUCCUCAAGACAAGAGUGCCAGAGUUGGUGUGGAAUGGAGAGGAGUGGUAGGGGGCACCAACCAGAUCACAGAUGAAAUACGCACUGUAACAGCUGAUCAGUAGUAUGAAAUUCUUCUUUAAAAAGGUUUUUGUUGUACAGCAUGAAUGGGAGGAUACUGUAGAUGCAAAAAUGGUCAUUUAAGGCAGUAUAAUAUUCUGUUCAAAUGUAUAAUAGUGAUUAAAAAAAGGUACGCUGGAGGUGAAACGAUCAUCCCCAUACAACAAAAUUUUGUGUACAUAGCUGUGUAAAAUGUUUUAUAUUGGAUUUAUUUAUAUAUUUUCUGUUACAGUUAUCUCUUGAUUUGUUUUAUGGACAAAUUGUGUCAAACAGU